CUUGAUAAAGGAAACUAAAACAUGUAGCGACGCAGGUCUUCUUUCUGUCUGUCACCAAUGCUUGAACUUUGACGUACUGCUUGGAGGGAUAUACGACGCGCAAAAGAUGAGAGAUCUCCGAACCCAUUUUAGUUCUCGUGGAGCUGACGGAGCCGCUGCAAACAACAAGAAGAAAGUAGCAGCAGAGACAAUACUGGAGCAACCUUGUGAUGUUUGCGGGGAUGCCACAUUCGAUGUAGAGAAUGACAUUAUCUUUUGCGAAGGCCAGGAGCUCCUCCAUACUGGUUGCAACCUGGCGGUACAUCAAGAAUGUUAUGGCAUUGACAGCAUUCCGCCCGGGGACGAUCCAUGGUUCUGCCAGAGAUGUUCUGAUGAAGAUUUCUCGAAAACUAGCGUAGUAUGCUGUCCUGUCGAGGAUGGAGCAUUUUGGAAAACAACCGCCUCGGGCCAAUACGUACAUGUAUUGUGCACACUGCUGAACCCGAGACUUGAAGAUGAAACGUUGCCCAUUGCAAUAGAUCGUAGCAAACUUGCUCGUCACAAAUGUUACAUUUGUAACAAAGCCAAAGGACUUACAGUGAAAUGCAAAUCUUCACAAGGCUGCGACAAGCGAUUUCACAUCAUGUGCGCCAUAAAUGCGGGUACCGUGGAGUAUUCAAGGGAGAAACGUGCUCGCUCUACGAUGCUGCUGUGUGAACAGCACAAACGUCGACCAAAGCUGACUCCGCGAAGGCAACGAUCGAUGCUUAGCUCCAAUUCAGAUGUAGAAAUUGUGUCAAUAACUGGACCGGAAGAUGUCCUACUCCAUCGGCCACGCCCUUCGUUAAAGCGGUUAUCCCCUUCUCCUGUACCUGCAUCAGCCGCCAAGCGGGCGAGGACGGAGAGGGAUUUGCUUGCUGAAAGCUUGUUCUCCGACUCCAGCCCAUCAGAUUACCAGCGAGAUGGAGUGGCAAACAAUGUGCCUUCCUCUGAGCGACCACCAGACGAAUCAAUUAGAAUCCUCACCAUUCCCACCGUCACCCGAUUUCCUGAUCUUUCAAAGCACGCCGUUCCGCGUUCGUCUGCCUUGCAGGGUGAUUUAUCAUCACGCUCCGUCGCUGCUGCAACGAACGCGGACUCUCAUUCGGGCACCUCGUAUCAAAUUAAUCAAUUCAACGACCCCCUACAGCUACAGCAGGCUGCAAAAGACCGCCAAAUCGAAAGCACCACUCGACGCAUGGCUGAAAAGGACCAACGAUCCGAAGAGCUUGCUUUGAAGUUGGCCGAGCAGAACAGGCUUGUGGAGGAUCUUCAACAGGAACUUGCAAGCAAGCGAAAAGAACUUCACGACACCCGAUCUCGCUUGGAGGCCAAGGUGCGGGAGCUCGAUGUACGAUUAGUUAGAAAAGAAGAACAGCUAUUGGAGAGAGCAGAAGAGAAGGCGGAACUGAAGGCACGAGUCGCACAGCUUACGGAGAAGAUGACUAGCCUGAGCCAUAAGAACGAGGACCUAGAACAAGGGCAUGCGGAACUCAAAUCUACUAUUGAAGACCUUAAACGCGAUAAAUCUCAGUACUUACGAGAAUCAGUCGAGUUGAGAAGUAAAUUGAAGGCACUAGAAACAGAAAAGUAUGACUGGCAGCAAAUGGCGGAGAACGUCAGAUAUACCCUAGGUGUACUUUUUAGGCUGGCUCCCAUUCCAGGGUUUCCCAAUGUGGACACAGUUGGAGUGGAUGGAAUAAUGACGCAUCUACGGGCAUUGAUUGAUGUGUCUGCGGAGGUAGAUCCUGAUCGGAGCAAGCUACGUCACGCUAUCAGGAAAGCUGCUGCCUCUUAAUACAGUGGCGCGAUUUCUUAUCUAUUGUAGUUUAUCAUAACACGCAUAUGUACAAGCCCUA